UGCACACUAGAGAGUGCUAUUGUGUAAAAUGUGUUUUUCAGAUCCACUUCUAACAUUACUGAUGCUUUCUUGAAAAGUGAAGAAAUGGUUUUGAAUUUUAUUAUGGAAGUGAUUUUCUUCUUCAUGACUGUGUUUGGCACUCUGGGGAAUAUCUCUGUUUCUGUGAAUAAUAUGAUCAGUUGGUGGAGAGGCCCUGAGAAGAAACCCAUACACAUUAUUUUCAUCCACUUGGCUUUUACAAAUAUCAUGAUCCUUCUUGCAAAAGGAUUGCCAAAGACAUUGGCAGCUUUUGGUUUGAGAAACUUCCCAGAUGACAUAGAAUGUAAGAUUUUCAUUUACCUGCAGAGGGUGGCCCGUGGUGUCUCCAUCUGCACCAGCGGUCUCCUCACUGUGGUUCAGGCCAUCAUCAUCAGUCCCAGAGCAUCUGGAUGGAGGAGGCUCAGACCAAAGUCUGCAUGGCAUAUCCUUUCAUUCUUUUCAUUCUUUUGGAUACUCAAUGCUUUAAUAGGUAUGAAUCUAAUUCAGUCUGUCACAAGUACAAGCCUGAAUAUAUCACAGUUUAAGAGUGAAGAUGACAACUGUUAUUUUAUGCAAGAAAGUCAGAAAACAAAAUGGAUUGUUCUCCCUCUCAUGGUCUUGAGAGAUACUGUGUUUCAGGGAGCAAUGGGAGGUGCCAGUGGCUACAUGGUACUUCUUCUCCACAAGCACCACCAGCAUGUCCUCUACCUUCAGAACCCCGAGCUUCUCUAUAGAACUCCCCCUGAGCUGAGAGAUGCUCAGAGUGUCCUCUGUCUGAUGCUCUGUUUUGUUUUCUUCUAUUGGACUGACUGUGCUGUCUCUCUAAUUUUAAGUAUCUCUUUAAGGAACAAUACUUUGAUGGCAAAUGUUCAAAAGUUUCUGGCUCUUGGCUAUGCAACUUUUAGUCCUGUUGUGUUGAUUCACAGGCAUGGACUUCUGCCUGAGUGUUGGCAUGCUCAGUGA